AUGUUCGAUAUAGUUACACGUCGUCGCAUAAUUUUCUUUCUUUUUGCUGUGUUUUUUGUUGUCUUAAGUAUUUUAUUUUUUGCUCGUAUAAUCCCAUCAUAUUCAAAACAUGCUUCAUUAACAAUUGAUGAUAAACAACAAAUUAGUGAAUGUUAUUUAACUGAACCAAUUGACAUUAUAACAUCAUGUCAAAAAUGUACAUCAUAUGAACGUCGUUCAAAAGCAAAUGGUUGUUUACCAACUGGUUAUAAAGAAAUAGUACUUUGCUCAAAAUCAAUUAUAAAAACAGUUCGUUCAUGCCAAAUACCUGCUCAUAUUCAAAGAAAUCAUUUUUGGUUAUUUGAAACUUUUAUGUUUAUUCUUGGAUUAUUUGCUAUAGUAAAUGUCAAUUUAAGGCAAAAAGCUUUAGAUAAACAAAUGGUUGAAAAAAUUAAAAGACAAAUUGCUCGCAAUUAUAUUCAACAUGCUGGUGUACAAUAUAUACUUGAUUCAGUUAUUCGAGCUCUCGAUCAAAAUCCUGAUCGACGUUUCAUUUAUGUUGAAAUAGGCUUUUUCUGGCGUUGGUGGAGUCAACAGACAGAUACCAUACGUGAUAAAGUCAGACAAUUUGUUAACGAAGGUCGUCUUGAAUUUAUUUCUGGUGGUUGGUGUAUGAAUGAUGAAGCAUCAACUCAUUACAAUUCAAUUAUUGAUCAACAUAGUUUAGGAGCUGAAUUUUUACGUGAUCAAUUUGGUGAAUGUGGUCGACCAAAAAUCGGUUGGCAAAUUGAUCCAUUUGGUCAUUCACGUGAACAAGCUUCACUUCUUGCACAAAUGGGUUUUGAUGGUUUAUUUUUUGGUCGUGCUGAUUAUGAUGAUUAUACAACACGUAAUAGAACAAAAACCAUGGAAAUGGUUUGGAAAGCAAGUGCAAACUUGGAUCGUCAAAGUUGGUUAUUCACUGGUGUUUUACCUAAUGGAUACAGUCCACCAAGCUCGUUCUGUUAUGAUGCUUUCUGUGAUGAUACACCGAUUAUGGCUGUUGGUUUUGCUACCAAUCAUAUAAUUAUGACUAUGGGCAGUGAUUUUCAGUACGAAAAUGCAAAUGAAUGGUUCAAAAAUAUGGACAAAUUAAUUAGAUAUGUAAAUGCUCAACAAGCCAAUGGUAGUAAUGUUAACGUUUUCUAUUCAACACCAUCCUGUUAUUUAUAUGCUUUGAAUAAUGUCAGUCAUACUUGGACCACGAAAACUGAUGAUUUUUUUCCAUAUGCUCAUCAUCCUCAUGGAUUUUGGACAGGAUAUUUUACAUCACGAGCUGCUUUGAAACGUUAUGAACGUCAUUCAAAUAAUAUUUUACAAGUUACAAGACAACUCAAUGCAUUAGCUAAUCUUAAUUUACGAAAUAGUAUUUUUUAUUUAAGUGAAGCUAUGGGUGUUGCUCAACAUCAUGAUGCUGUUAGUGGUACAGAAAAACAAGAAGUUGCUUUUGAUUAUGCUCAACGAUUGGCUGUUGGCAUUAAUGUUGCCUCUGAUAUCAUCAAUGAAGCUUAUUCUAAAUUAUUACCCAAAAGUAGUCAAUCACCACCAUCACCAGUUCAAUUUCUAUGUCAAUUAACUAAUAUCAGUGAAUGUUUACCACUUCAAGAUCAACUUCGAUUCACAGUAACACUUUGGAAUCCAACUAUAAAUCCAGUUCUUCAUCACUUCCGUGUACCCGUAACAAGAGCUUAUACAGUUCGUGAUACAACAGGACAACCUAUUUUGGCUGAGGUUCUUCCUAUUUCGAACUCAACAAAGAAAAUUCCUGGUCGUGCUAGUACUGCUACAAGUCAAAUAGUCUUCAGAACAAGUUUACCAGCAUUUGGUUUUAACACCUAUUUCUUUGAAGCGAAAACUGAUGAAAAACGUGAAAAACCAAAAAUAAAAAUGACUAAAAAUGAUGCAUGCAUUUUACAAAAUCAAAAUCUUCGAGUUGAAUUUGAUGAUCAAGGCAAUCUUCAACAUAUUAUUAAUUUAAAAAAGAAUUUGUCUGUAGCAUUUUCAAGUCAAGGUUUUUAUUGGUAUCAGAGUUUUCCUGGUAAUAAUUCUCGAUCAGAAUUUCAAGCAUCCGGUGCAUAUAUCUUUCGACCGUUAACACCCAAUGCAUUACCAGUUAGUCAAACACGUUCAAUUACAUGUAUAAAAGGAGAUAAUGUUCAAACAGCAAUCAUUACUUUCAAUGAUUGGGCAAGUCAAGAAAUAAGUUUAUAUGAUGAAGGAGAAUUUGUUGAAGUUGAAUGGACAGUUGGACCUAUACCAAUAAAUGAUAAUAUUGGUAAAGAAAUUAUCAUUCGUUAUGAUACUGAUAUUGCAAGUCAAUCAAAAUAUUAUACGGAUGCAAAUGGACGUGAAGUUCUUGAAAGAAAAAGAGAUUAUCGACCAACAUGGAAUUAUACAGUUGUUGAAACAGUAAGUGGAAAUUAUUAUCCAAUCAAUAGUCGAAUAUGGAUAAAAGAAGACGAUCGACAAUUUACUGUUCUUACUGAUCGAUCAGAAGGUGGUGGUAGUAUUCAAGAUGGUUCUAUUGAAAUUAUGGUACAUCGACGUACUCUUAAUGAUGAUUCACUUGGUGUUGGUGAACCUCUGAAUGAAACUGCAUAUGGUGAAGGUCUUGUUAUUCGUGGUCGACAUUUUCUUAUUGCUGAACCUCCAGCUUCAAGUGCUCGAUAUCAUCGUGUUGGUGCUCAACGUUUAUAUAUGCAUCCAGUAGCUACCUUUGCAAUUAAUCUACAAGAUUAUGAUAGUUAUUCAGCUGUUUAUCGUCAAUCAUGGUCAGCAUUAACAGAUACAUUACCAUUAAAUGUUCAUUUAUUAACAUUAGAUCAAUUAGGACCAAAAGAUUAUCUUAUUCGUGUUGAACAUUAUUUUGAAUUAUUUGAAGAUGAUACGCUUUCAAAACCAGUUACAUUUGAUUUACAAUCAUUAUUUAAAUCUAUAGGAAUAAUUAGUAACACAGCUGAAUUAACACUUAGUGCUAAUUUACCAUUAACUGAUAUGCAACGGCUUAAUUGGAUAACUGCAAAUGGACAAUUAUCACAAAUGAAAACUCGUACUCGUAAUUAUAUUCAACAUGCCGGUGUACAAUAUAUACUUGAUUCAGUUAUUCUUGCACUUGACGAAAAUCCUGAUCGACGUUUCAUUUAUGUUGAAAUAGGCUUUUUUUGGCGUUGGUGGAAUCAGCAAACAGAUGCCAUACGUGAUAAAGUCAGACAAUUUGUUAACGAAGGUCGUCUUGAAUUUAUUUCUGGUGGUUGGUGUAUGAAUGAUGAAGCAUCAACUCAUUACAAUUCAAUUAUUGAUCAACAUAGUUUAGGAGCUGAAUUUUUACGUGAUCAAUUUGGUGAAUGUGGUCGACCAAAAAUCGGUUGGCAAAUUGAUCCAUUUGGUCAUUCACGUGAACAAGCUUCACUUCUUGCACAAAUGGGUUUUGAUGGUUUAUUUUUUGGUCGUGCUGAUUAUGAUGAUUAUACAACACGUAAUAGAACAAAAACCAUGGAAAUGGUUUGGAAAGCAAGUGCAAACUUGGAUCGUCAAAGUUGGUUAUUCACUGGUGUUUUACCUAAUGGAUACGGUCCACCAAACUCGUUCUGUUUUGAUUAUAGUUGUUCAGAUAGUCCUAUCAUGGAUGAUUCUCAUUUCUACGAAAUCAAUGUCGAGGAACGUGUUCAAGCAUUUAUUCAAGCUGCUAAUAAUGAGGCACUUGGUUAUUCUACUAAUCAUAUAAUUAUGACUUUUGGCAGCGAUUUCCAAUUCGAAAAUGCAAAUGAAGUAUUUAAAAAUUUGGAUAAAUUAAUCAAAUAUGUUAAUGCUAAGCAAACUGAUGGCAGCAAUGUUAAUGUUUUCUAUUCAACGCCAUCAUGUUAUUUAUACGCUCUGAAUAAAGUUGAUCGUGCGUGGACUGCGAAAACAGAUGAUUUUUUUCCAUAUGCUCAUCAUCCUCAUGGAUUUUGGACAGGAUAUUUUACAUCACGAGCUGCUUUGAAACGUUAUGAACGUCAUUCAAAUAAUAUUUUACAAGCUACAAGACAACUCAAUGCAUUAGCUAAUCUUAAUUUACGAAAUAAUAUUUUCUUUUUAAGUGAAGCUAUGGGUGUUGCUCAACAUCAUGAUGCUGUUAGUGGUACAGAAAAACAAGAAGUUGCUUUUGAUUAUGCUCAACGAUUAUCUGAUGGCAUUGCUGUAGCCGAAAAUGCCAUCAAUCAAGCCUAUUCGAAACUUUUAACUAAAGAUAGUCAAUCACCUCCAGUAUCAAAUCAAUUUCUUUGUCAAUUAUCAAACAUUAGUCAAUGUCUGGAAAUCGAUGGACAAGAGCGCUUUACGUUGACACUUUGGAAUCCCACAGUACAUCCAGUUGUUCAACAUGUUCGUGUACCUGUUAGAACAGAUUAUACGGUUCGUGAUCCAACAGGAGAAACUGUUUUGUCUGAGCUAGUUCCUAUUUCGGAUGCAACACAGAAUAUCCCAGGUCGAACAAGUGUUACACAAAAACAAAUUAUUUUUAAAGCUAACUUACCAGGUCUUGGUUUUAGCACGUACUAUUUCGAAAGGAAACCUGAGGAAGCGAAAUAUAAACGAUCUAAAGUAAAAAUUACACAUAAUGAAGAAUGUGUUUUACAAAAUCAAAAUCUCAAAGUGGACUUCGAUGAUCAAGGCAAUUUACAUCAAAUUAUUAAUUUAAAUCAACGAAUUGGUGUAUCAUUUGUGAGUCAAGGUUUCUAUUGGUAUCAAGGUUUUCCUGGUAAUAAUUCUCAAUCAGAAUUUCAAGCAUCUGGUGCAUAUAUCUUCCGACCAUUAGCACCCAAUGCACUACCAGUUAGUCAAACACGUUCAAUUACAUGUAUAAAAGGAGAUAAUGUUCAAACAGCAAUCAUUACUUUCAAUAAUUGGGCAAGUCAAGAAAUAAGUUUAUAUGAUGAAGGAGAAUUUGUUGAAGUUGAAUGGACAGUUGGACCUAUACCAAUAGAUGAUAAUAUUGGUAAAGAAAUUAUCAUUCGUUAUGACACUGAUAUCGCAAGUGAAUCAAAAUAUUAUACGGAUGCAAAUGGACGUGAAGUUCUUGAAAGAAAAAGAGAUUAUCGACCAACAUGGAAUUAUACAGCUGUUGAAACAGUAAGUGGAAAUUAUUAUCCAAUCAAUAGUCGAAUAUGGAUAAAAGAAGACGAUCGACAAUUUACUGUUCUUACUGAUCGAUCAGAAGGUGGUGGUAGUAUUCAAGAUGGUUCUAUUGAAAUUAUGGUACAUCGACGCCUUCUCUACGAUGAUGGACUUGGUGUUGGUGAACCUCUGAAUGAAACUGCAUAUGGUGAAGGUCUUGUUAUUCGUGGUCGACAUUUUCUUAUUCUUGAACCUCCAACUUCAAGUGCUCGAUAUCAUCGUGUUGGUGCUCAACGUUUAUAUAUGCAUCCGAUUGCUACCUUUGCAUUAACUCAACAAGACUAUGAUAGUUAUUCAGCUGCUUAUCGUCAAACAUGGUCAGCAUUAACAGAUACAUUACCAUUAAAUGUUCAUUUAUUAACAUUAGAUCAAUUAGGACCUAACGAUUAUCUUAUUCGUGUUGAACAUUAUUUUGAAUUAUUUGAAGAUGAUACAUACUCGCAACCAGUUACAAUUGAUUUACAAUCCAUAUUCAAAUCUAUAGGAGCAAUUAAUAGUACAACUGAAUUAACACUUAGUGCUAAUUUACCAUUAGCUGAUAUGCAACGACUUGAUUGGCUAACUGGUGAUAAGGAGUCAUCUCAUGUGAAUGUUCUUGAAGAGAAAUCGUUGAAAGGUACAAGUGUUAGACUUAUACCAAUGCAAAUUCGAACAUUUCACGUGACAGUGACAUAG